AUGACUUCCAAGAAAGAUUUGGAUUGCAUCUUUAACGAGGACAAGUUCGUCAGAAACUACAAAACCGGCGAAAAGGUUACCGGACAGUUUGCGCAGUCACUGAUCGAGCAGAGCGGCCUGGUCAAGGAUGCCAAUGCCAACCCAGAGAAGCCCCUCGUAGUGCUUGACAACGCUUGCGGCGCUGGGGUUGUCUCGAGUCUUCUCCAUCAGCAGCUAAAUGAAAAAGUCAAGGAAAACUGGCGUUUGACUUGCGGCGAUAUUUCCGAGGCAAUGCUGGAGUACACCCGGGGCCGACUUCAGCGUGAGGGUUGGCAGAAUGCCGAAGUCAAGGUCGUGGAUGCACAGGAAACUGGUCUACCCAGCGCUCACUACACGCAUGCCAUCACUGCGUUUGCUUACAUGGCUCUUCCUAAAUCUCUGGAAGCUCUUGAUGAAUCUUUUCGUAUUCUCCAGCCUGGAGGUACCAUUGCUCUCUCUACCUGGAUUGAGCUUGGCUGGAUCCCCGUCGUGCACAAGGCCCUUGAAACUAUACCCGGGAACCUGCCCUUCCCCACAACUCAAGAGUUCCUCUCUAUCUUGAGUCAUGGCGAAUGGCACUCAGUGCCCUGGAUUAAAUCGCAACUUCAGCAGCGGGGCUUCGAGAAUAUCAUCGUGAAGGCCGACACUAAGGCUAUCUCGCUAGUCAUUCCAGAAUUCGUGGAAAUGGUCAUGCUAAUGUUCCCCAUAGGUGCCAAAUCCUUUUGGACACCCAAGCAGCGCGAGGAUAGUGAGGACAAGAUUCGUCCGGCGUUGGUGAAAUACUUGGAGGACCGCUACGGGAAGGAUGGAGAUGUGCCUAUUGAAUGGACGGCUAUUCUUUCUACUGCUCGUAAGCCGAACUAG